AUGUCUGUGUGCACCUCAACAAACUUUGAAACAAAAGUUUGCCGAUUUUAUUUAACUUGUCUGACGUUUUAUGUAAAGGCCCUUAAAGGUCCUCAGAAAGCAAGGAUCAUGAAGCAGAUGAUAAUAUAUUCAUUGCUCUAUUUUUUUAGAAUAAAGCAUAUUUGUAUAAAAAUUAAACCUAAGAUCUACUUUCCUUUUCCCCUAGUAAUAAAUACAAAGAUUAAUUUAUCAAGGUUUUGUGAAAGAUUUUGUCAACCAGUCUCUCAAAAUAUAGCACCUCACAUGUAUCUUAGAAAAGCUGUGAAAAAGAACUGUGGCAUUUUUUUUAGCACAACUCUGAAAUCUCUACUUAGAGUAUGA